CUAGAAUACUACCAGACGUUUCUUACAUCAUGAUUACUUACCCAGCUAUACAGGCUUUAUAAGGUGUUGUUUUCAUAAAACUGAAGCGCCGGGUUCACGACUUGAGUUUGCUCUGUUUCAAAGCACCUGCAGGACUGCAACUCACAACCAAGCCGCAGAAACAGAACGACGCGACAUUGAUCCGAACUCGAAGCUGGGUCGAUAACACAGAGAACACCUCGACCAAUCGCGAUUUCUGCCCUCCAAACUUAGUCACGAUCGGCAUGGCCGUCAUGAGAACAUCUGUGUUGAGACUUGGAAGCCGUGCCAGGGCCGUGACACUGGGCCGCUUGGCGGCUGCUCCCAUUGCACGGCGAGCCUAUGCCUCGUCGGACGACCACCACCACUCGGACCCCCCGCGGUCGCAGAGCCCGCCAGCGCAACCGGGGAAAUGCAACUCGUAAGUGACAUAUCUUGGUGGGAACGAUGCACGUGUGGGUUGUCUGCGAGCGAGCGGUCUGUCUGUCAGGCGGACUGGCGACCAGCAAGCUCGUGCUCUGUCAUUGACCCCCCCCCCUUUCCCCUUCCAUUGCCGCAGCCAGAAAUGCUGAUAUUGGGACUUGGCAAAAACUCCCAUGGGCAGCCAAGAGAUGUACAUUUAUGCCGGGAUCGGCUUGAGUAUCGGCCUUGUGUUUUUUUUCCUGAUGGGUCGCCCGACCGAGGCUGCCGCUGCCGCAGCGGCGGAGAGGGCGACGCCCGUGAAGGCACCGGGGGAGACGUCGAUCAAGGAUCCUCACAAGUAGGACUUGUCGCUGCGAGACUGGAAGUCAAAAUGUGUAUUCGCGGUAGAGCUAGGAAUGGCUGUAUUUUAACCAACACGGUCGACGAUGAAUAUGCGGAUGAAUUGCUAGAGCGUGAAAUGAGGUUGAACAAACCCAACAUUGUAAUAGUGCCUGACCAUUUGCUCAAUCGGCAAACCCCAGCAUCCUUGUCUCAGUGACACGAAGUGGCCCCACAUGCACUUUUGCACUUUAGCGGUGCUCCAUCAUCCACGCUGGCAACCCUUGGGAAGCUCAAGGCAGC